UUCCUGACAGGAAAUUGUCCUCCUCCAAGCCACCCCCCCCCCCAGAUCUAAGCUCUCAGCAGCCCUGGCCCAAGUAGCCUGGGGACAGGACAGCAGUGGGGACACAGGGACAGGCACCGAGGACAGAGGUGCCCGCCUGUCAAAAUGCCCAUCCUGAAGAGCCUAGGGGUGGCAGACCCUAAGGUGCCCCGAGCAGGGACCCUGCCCUUGAGGUCCUCUCGGAACCCCUUCGAGGACAUUCCAGGGCUGGAAGAAGAAUCUGGGGAGCUGGGGACUCUGCCCAAUGGAACGUCUUGUCACCGCCGCGCCACCCUGGAGAAGCUGGCAGGCCUGUCCCCUUUCCGGCUGGGCUGGGCCCAGGGCCGACGGGCAGGCAGUCCCGGGGAUGGGCCACCGCGCUCGUUCCUGGGCCGCGUGCUGCCCCCGGGGCUCCGAAGGAGCUCAGCAGACUUUGGCCUCCUGGCCCGGCUGCAGGGGACACGCGCCCACAGUGACGAGGAGGGGCCUGGGGAGGCUGCCCGGAGACUGGCCUUCCUGCGCCUGGGGCGUGGGCCCAAGCCUCGGCGGGCAUCCCUGGCUGAGAGGGUGGUCCCAGCCGGGGAAGCUGCUCCUGAGCCUCCACCCAAGGUCCCGGAGCCCCCAAAGAUGAAGGAGCCAUUGUCAGUGCUGGAGAUCCUGAACUUGAUCCAGCAGCGCGAGCUGGCGCGGGCCGACGAGCACAUCUUGGAGCUGGAGGCGGAGGAGCUGGCGUCGUCGGGGGGCGCGCCAGGGCCGCCGGUGGCGGAGGGCGCGAGCGGGGGCCGCCGAGCGCGGGACGUGGCGCUGCUGUACGAGGCCCUGCAGCGCGAGCUGUGGGCGCUGGUGCGCGAGACGCUGGCGGGACCCGGGCCCGGCGCGGGAGCCGGGGCGGGUGAGCGGGACCGCCGCUGUAAGAUCGCACAGAGCCCCAGCCCCACCCUGGCCUCCUCAGAUCCUAGGGACCUUGGAACGCCAGCCCUUCAGUCCUAG